AUGUCGUUUAAUAUGACCUACUUCUUUAAUCGCUUCAUUAUGGUCACAAUUGGACGAAGAUUUUCAACUGCUCUCAUGACAUCUCGAUUGACACAUGCCAGUUUGAAAGUACGUGAGGUGACUUGUCCCAUUGUAGGCAAGAAACCGAAAAUUGUGAAAGAAUGCAAAGAAGCUGUUUCAGUUAUCAAAAGCGGAUCCCACUUAUUUGUUCAUGGUAUCGCAGCGACACCAACACCACUUCUGGAGGGUCUAUGUGAGCAUGUCAGAGCAAAUAAUUUAAAGAAAAUAACUUUGCAUCAUAUGCAUUUAGAAGGAGAAACUCCAUGGUUAGUUCCAGAUGUUAAAGAUCACAUCCGUUCGAAUUCUUUAUUCACCGGACAUAACUUAAGGAACGCUGUUAAUGAUGGAACAGCUGAUUUCAAUUCAAUUUUCCUUCAUGAAAUUCCAUUGUUAUUUCGAUCAGGAAUGAUUCAUCUAAAUGCUGCAUUAAUUACGGUUUCACCGCCUGAUUCUAGAGGUUUUUGCACGCUGGGAACCAGUAUCGACUGUACCCGUGCUGCGGUAACUUUAGCAGAUUACAUCAUAGCAGUUUGUAACAAGAAUAUGCCACGUACAUUUGGUGAUACAUUAAUCCAUGAAAGUCACAUUGAUUUUAUGACUGAACUUGACUUCCCGUUGCAUGAACGUAAAUUUGCUACAAAGCUAUCAGAAGUGGAAAAAAAAAUUGGCAAAUUAAUUGCGAAUGAAUUAGUUGUCAAUGGCGCUACACUUCAAAUGGGAAUCGGUGCCGUACCGGAUGCUGUUUUGGAUUCAUUGGGUGAUCAUGAAAAUCUUGGAAUACAUACAGAAAUGUUCUCAGAUGGUGUUUUGAAUCUUGUUGAAUGUGGUGCUAUAACUAAUUCAAAAAAAACUCUUUAUCCAGGAAGAAUGGUUGUUUCAUUUGUUUAUGGCUCAAAAAAGCUGUAUUCAUUUCUGCAUGACAAUCCUUUCGUAUUUUUUGGUGAUGUUGCUUGGGUGAAUGAUCCAUCAAUCGUAAAAACUAUGCCAAAAAUGACUGCAAUAAAUUCAGCAGUGGAAGUUGAUCUUACGGGUCAAGUUGCUUCUGAUUCUGUUGGGUCUCGAUUUCUUUCCGGUUUUGGUGGACAAGUAGAUUUUAUUCGAGGCGCAGCGAUUGGUACUGAUGGCCUUGGAAAACCGAUUAUUGCCCUUCCUUCGUCAACUAAAAAAGGCGAAUCGAAAAUUGUUCCUUAUCUCAAUAAGGGAGCAGGAGUGGUAACGUCGAGAGCCCAUGUCCAUUAUGUGGUUACUGAACACGGUAUAGCUCAAUUGUGGGGCAAGAAUAUGCGACAACGGGCAUAUGAACUAAUAAAAAUUUCAUGCCCAAGUCAGCGGGAAAAUUUGGAAAAAGCAGCAUUCGAAAGAAUGAAAGUGAUGCCAUCGCCGGAUUAA